GUUGCACUCGGGUCGCGCAAGCGUGUGCUCGCUACGAUGAUCGUUUUUAAAAUCGAAAGUUAUUCAUAAGCUCACUAUUUAACGUAAACAAUACCAUAGUCUUUAUGUAAAUAAUGAUUCAUUUAGUUUUGCAACUGACCUGAAAUUAACCGUGUGUGAUAUAGUUUCUAUAAAAGGUAUCCAAAUAUAAUUACUCCGUAGGUGUGAGAAAUUGAGACUGAUAUGCUCUAGUUUAAGAUUUGCAGCUGUCUUCGAUUUUCACACAUGUGAUGAGUGGCGGCGUAGAGACUGGGUCUACUCGCCCACGCCCUCUAUCCGGAGGAUUCUGGACGCUCCUCUCAUGGCUGCGCGGUGAGGAUCACUUGACAUCCAGCGAGAGUAUUUCCAGCGUCGGCUCUGACAGCACCGCUGUCAGUUUUGCAUUUUUAGCACCGGCAUAUUAUCACGCUGGUGCAGCGCCUCUGGUAUUACCGCCACCAGGGCCUCCCACUGAUUCAUACAAAAAAAGAGUACGAGAACGAAAUUUAAGGCGACAGUACGACAGAGAUAUAACACUUCAUCGUAAAUACGGUUUGUUGAGAGGCGAGAGUGCCGUGAAUUUCGACGUGCAUACUCUGCCAUCACCUCGAAGGGUCGCCACUGUAAACGACAGGAAAGAUAGAGACCGCAGAGCUGCGAGCGAGUGCCUACAGCGGAGAACUGCCCACGUACCAGGCAAACGACGUGCCCCGCCUCCUCCUACACGAACGACAAUUGCAUCGAAUAUUGUAAUCCAUUCCGGCACCACUAACCGACGUCACUCAAGAAAGCGUCCUGCACCUAAACCUCCUAUUCAAGUUACGGAAAAAUCUAAAGAGAACGAUAAUAUUGUUUUUUAUAACAAUAACAAAAUUAACAUGAACCCAUCAUCUAGCCCAGAUGUAAAUCCGUUGUCCAGUUUGGGCUUAGAUUGUAAACAUGAAAAAUAUAUUAAGAAGGAAGUUCAUUUAAAGGAUAAAGUAAAAGUGAGGACAGAGAAAAGCUUUUUGAAACAAAUUUUUGAAAAUAAGAAAAGAAAUUCAAGUGUUGACAAACCUUUGAUAAAAAUAUUACCCAGCAUAAGUGAACUAGAUAAACAAGCUGCUGAAAUCAUCGAAACUUCUAGGGCAAAAAACAAAACUCAAAGAAAUCAGCAUAAUUAUAAAUCUGAAGACAGUAUUUGGUAUUGUAUGAAGUGUUCGAAAAAAUAUGAUAAAUCUAUGGACUUUUGUUUAAUAUGCAAAAUUAAAAAAGACGUGUCGUGCACACCUGGAGCCAGGGAUGCAAGAAAAAAUGCAACAAUUUAUACACAAACGGAACAACAAUCUAUUAGUCCAUGUAUAAUUAAAAAUAAGGAGAUGGAGGAAAAACAAAAGUUAAAAGAAAUGUUGAAAGAAAUGAAAGAUUCUCUUCCAAAACGAACCAAAUCUGAUGAUUUAUCAAAAGAUAAUAAAAUCCAAAGCAAGUCAAAUUUGCCCCUUACUCCUAGUAAUAAAAUAGUACUGUCACUGGAAACUCCUACAUUACCAAUAGGAUACAGCAAUGAAAGAAACAAAGAAUCUAUAAUCGAACCAAGUGUUUCUAAUCAGUCUUCCAAAAGUAAUUUUAGUGAUAACCUAAAAUUAAAUGAAAUUAAUAUACAACGUGUAUCGAAAGUUGAUGAAACAAGGACUGAAAAUAGGAAGGCGCUCGAUACACCACUGAAAAUUUCUUCUUUAUUGAAUCCUAUAUACAUACCGAAACUGAAUAGUUCACACCAAGAACGAUCGGAAAAAAUUCUUCCAUCAUUAGAAGUUAAACCUAUGCUUGAAAAGAAAGAACCACCUCCAACCGACCAAAUAUACAUAAGAGCAGCAGAUGCUGUCCGUGAAAUACUGUUAAAUACAGCAGCCAUUCAAUCACCAAAGCCAUCAUCGCAUGUUCCUAAACAUGUCCAAGAAAGCACAAAUAAAUUUGGUACUGAUAAUGUACAAAAUACUUCUAGUGUCGGUAUUAAGAAUCUAUCGAAUGUUGAGAAACACCAAUUUAUAAACACUGAAAUGAAUGACAUAGAAAAAUUAAACAAUCACUCCAGACGCAGAAAUCUAGUCAACCAAUUAGAAAAGUCAAUAGCAAAUGGAGAUGAAGGCGCUGCUGCUGAAGCAGCCAAGCAAUUAGCUCAGUUGCGCUUAUCCUGUUCCGUGCUAUCAUUUUCAUCACAAAUUUUACAAAAUAAAGAAAGUCCUCCGCAAAUUAUAUUGAAAAAUAAAAAUAUGCCUAAUGCGAACAAUAAGGAAAAUCAUCUUUCAUUGCUAUCCAAAGAAAGUUUAGGUAAAUCAGUCGCACUUCCAUCUAAACGGCUUACAGAAAAUAAAAAAACUUUAGAAAGUCAUGAUGCUUCAACUUCCACGAAUAAUAUUCCAAUAAAAAAAAAUAAGAUACUUACAAAAGUUGAAACGGAAACGAAAAAUCAGUCUUAUAAGGUUAAAGAACGUCCAAAUGAUGUAAAAAAUGAAGCUAUCCCCACCAUUGCCGUUGCAGCGAUCAGUCAUGAUGUCAGUCGUAACUCUUUACCAAAAUCUGAUAUUGAAUUUGUCCAAAACAAAAAUUAUAAAAAAGAUACUAGUAGAUCUGAACCCGACGCGCAGCCUUCAACUUCCAAAGAAAAGAAAGAUGAAGACAACUUUAAAUCGAUUUCUGUGUGGAUAGAAGACAAAGAUAAGGCUCAUGGACCCAUCCGCAUGCGGAUCGCAGGUAAUGCCGUCGUUGGCGAGUUGCGACGCCAAGCGGAGAUAAUAUUAGGUCUUCCGAUGCGCCUGCAGCGCUGGAUUGUUGGCAAAGAGCUGUGCAAUAACGACGAAACCACUCUCGUAUCGCUUGCUGGGCUGAAUCUUGAUGCACCAUUCUAUCUUUGUGUAGUGGAAAGUGAUAAAAAUAUACAAAACCACAUUCGCGAUUUAUGUCAAGUUGAAAAUGAAAAAAGUACUAAGAAUGCUAAUGGAGAAGAAUCAGGGGGCGUUUAUAAUGAAUUAGUAAAAUUGGAACAACAAGCUCUUGUUCCUAAUGCUGAAGCUUUCGAAUGUGAAAUUUGUAUGGAACAAUGUGGAGCUGGUAACGGAAUUGUGUUACGCGAAUGCGUCCAUUCUUUUUGUAGACAAUGCCUGAUAGAUGUUAUACGCCACUGUGAAGAACCAGCAGUAUCAUGCCCUGCUAUGGGAUGCCGUGGCUUGUUACACGAACGAGAAAUACGGGCACUGGUUAGUCCUGAGGAGUACCAAAAAUGGUUAGAUCGAGGGUUAGCAGCGGCUGAGAGUGGAACUAGAAAUGCAUUUCAUUGCCGAACACGAGAUUGUACGGGCUGGGCCCUUUGUGAGACUGGCGCUCGACACUUCCCCUGCCCCGUUUGCAAGCACGUGAAUUGUGUGCCUUGUCAGGCUAUACAUGAAGGUGAAACUUGCGAGGUGUAUCGAACGAAACUGAAAGAAGCGGCCGUUGACACAACAGCCCAAACAGACGAAGGGACACAGGCAUUAAUCCAGUCAUUGAUAAAUCGCGGUGAAGCUUUACAAUGUCCAGAGUGUAAUGCAGUUAUUACUAAGAAGUGGGGCUGUGACUGGGUGAAAUGUUCUGCGUGUAAGACGGAGAUAUGUUGGGUGACGCGCGGCCGGCGCUGGGGCCCCGGCGGCCGCGGCGAUACCAGCGGUGGUUGCAAGUGUGGCGUCGACGGCAAAAGAUGUCAUCCUUCUUGCGGUUAUUGUCAUUAAAAUAUAUUUAUUAUUGUGAUGUGAUAGGAAUCAGCUUUAUUUAAUUUCGAUCACAAUUUUUAUCAAAUCUUAACUCGUACUUUUGAAACAUAGACUCAAUACUUACUCAAUGUCAAUUAGUUUAUUUAAUAACCACGCAAUCGCAAAUCGCUCGAUCGCGAUUGCAGUCAAGAGUAAGCUAAGCAUGUAAGUAAGGAAUCAAGCUAACCAUCCUAAUGUAGUUAUGCUUGUGUAUAUUGUGUUAACGCACGCAAUAGACGUUAUCUAUUUAUUUCGUUAAAAGUUAUAAGUAUUGUCACACAGGUUUUGAAUAGCAUGACAAAUAAGGGUCUAAUAAGCCAAGAAUUCAUUACAAUAUCCAAGAGGGCGCUGCAGUAUGCGUAUGUAACUACUGAAAGGCAAUUUUUCAAUUUCGUUUAUGUCACAGACAUUGUAAAUAGAAAAAGUAGUAUCAUAACUAUGUAAAAAGUUACCUGUUACCUAUUCAUUUAAAUCCACUUUCUGGUAGCAGUAUUUUAAAGUUGUGUGGAUAAUUAUUAAAACUAAUCUGAUGAAUAAGAUAUUGAUUUAAGAAAAUGUUUUCAAGUGGUUGUUGUAGGUUAGGUGUUUAGGGGUAACAGGGACACUAUGAUCAAGGAAUCCUUAGACAAAGAAUUUACUGUAGUACAGGCUAUGGCUUAUGGCUUGGUAGGUCAGUCUAUAUUAGAAUCUAAGAGAAAAAAAUUUUAUAACACAUUAAAUUUGCAUUCACAAUGAUAAAUUAAAAAGAAUUCUUUUGGCUGUUUGGUGGAUAUCUGAAAAUUUAUGAAAAUACGUGGCUAGUAGCACCGAAAAGAAUGAGUACUUGAGAAGUUCAAUGAUUUCUUCUAGCUAUUAUAGCUAUUCGAGACCCAUACUGAUGGGUCUUGAAUAGCUUAAUGGUAAAGAGCAGUCACCCAGAUUGUGAAAAGUUAAGAUGGGCUAUCUAAGAGUCCCAUCUUGGAGUACCUGGGACUGGUGAACUUUUAAGUAUUUUUGAUAUAAUACUUGUUGAUAGAACAAAGAACAUUAUGAUUAAUGAAAGUUGCUUUAAAAAUCCACUGUCCCUGACACUCAGGAAAUAGGGACUCGAACCCAUGAUUUUCCACAAUCUAAUAUAUACAUAAUACUAUGAUGUUUUUACAGUACUAGAUUUUGUCUAUUUGCUUUAUAUAUGCCCCAAAUCAACUUAAAUAUAAAUAGAUAAUUCUUCAUCUACCUAUGUAUUUAGCAUUAUAUGAAUAAUAAAGAAAAAUAUGGGUC